CUGAAUUUGAUAUAAGAGAAAAGAAACUCAAAACCCGAAUUCGAGAAAUAUCAAAAUCUGCAGGUAAUACUCUUAAAGCAUACAACCGAACGGUAAAGUUAAUAGAUGAGAAUGAACGUCUCAAACGUGAAAUCGAUACUUUAAAAUAUAAUCUUAGAGAUCGAGACAAAAAAUUAGCUCAGAAAAAAACUCGUAUUACAGAUUUACAUUGUCAAAACUUUGCAUUAGCAUUAUUAAGAUAUCGAGAUAGAGCAGAACUUAUAAAUACUCAAGAAACUUUGCAAAAUGCUCAGAUAUGGGAUACGUCAAAUGAAUAUGAAUCAGAUGAAAAUUCUCAGGAUAGUUAUACAUCUGAUCCAGAUAUGACAACAAUAAUUGAGUUAGCCGAUACUAUUGAUGGUUAUUUGGAUAUUACAGGAACGAAUAGAACAAUUUUAUCCAACCAAAUAAAAAGAGUAACACGACAGAUACGUCGCAAAUACAACAAUCUUCAAACCGAUCUUAUAAAUGAGCAACAACGAAGAUAUAAUGCAGAAGCAGAACGUGAUAUACGUCAAACAGAGUUAACACAAACUCAAGAAAAUCUAAACUUAAUAACUACUGCAUAUAAUAAUGAAAGAGUUGCACCAACAAAGCAGGCAUGCUCUAAUACUAAGGGCACCAGCCAUUAUUUUAGAAGCUUUCAAAAGUACCAGGCAAAAAUCCUGAAAAGCCAUCGUAAUCGGAUCACCACACCUGCCUAUUGGGGUAUUUUGGACUUGACCAAGGAAAGCCUAUAUGGCUGCGAGGAGUUCACGGAGAAGGAAAUCUGCGAGUUGUCACAGGAUUUUGCCAACAGCAUUGCUUGGAAUCCUAAGCUGGCACCAUAUAAUCUUCAAGAGUACUUUAAUGGAAACUGUGAAAUCACCCACAAUGACAAUAUAAAUAAUGAUCAAUUGAAGAAGCUUCAUCACAACAUACAAUUCAUAAAAGAGAAUAUGUACUCAUUCUGUGGUGCCAUGACAGAGGAAGAAUUAAAGAUGAUAUCGACUUUCCCUCUAUUCCGUUCUAUAAUUUCAUCUGAUACGAUUAAGGAUUCGUGGGGUGAGAUCCAAUCAAUUGCAACAAGUGACACUAGAAAUUCCAAUGCAGAUUCUUUCCAGCAAGCACAGCUUGGUAGAAAAGUUGAUAUGAAAGUAACCCUAUUAAAGACACCUAUCAAAUUUGAGGCCUUGUUUGGCAAAGUAGCAGGUGGCUUAGGUCCCUUUGGAAUUCCUUUGGCAUGUCGAAAGAAGAGAUAUCUUGACAAAGUCAAGCUGGCAAUUAUCAUGCGAGACUCUUUGAAUCAUAUACUUAAAGACUGCCUACACAUAUCUGAUGAUAGAAGAAAAGCUUUGGUUGUCUAUGGAUGGUUACAAAUAGGGCUGGAAGUAAAUUUUUAUGCAAUGGACUGGCAAGGAAGCGGACUCUACAGAUUUGGCCUGCUUGAUAGAUACAUUCUACCAUCAGAAGAGGAAAAUUGUGGCCUGUUUGAAGAAGCAUACUGUGUGCUUAAUGAAGUCAAGGAGAAGUUGCUCCAGACAGAGGUUUUAGUAAAAGAAUUAUAUUUUGAGAACAUGCUCAGCAAAUGUCACCAGAUUGGCACUAAAAAUGACCCAGCUUUAAAUGCUGUAGGUGCCAAGCUGCCCAAAGAAGAAUUUGCUGAACUGAGGGAAGACUUUCAAACUCUUACCAAACCUGAACAGGACAUUUUCUUAAUGGCUCAACUCAGAGCCAUGUAUGGAGGCACAACCAGUACUAGCUGA